AUGACGUCGACUGGGCUUCAACCAAGCAAAUCGCAUCAUUCGUCGCUGUUUUCCGUUUUUCAUCGACGGAAACGACAGUCAGCGACGCCUGUCGUUCCUCAAUCAACCACUAAUUUGGCAGAUUUCGACAAAAAAGACAAACCGCCUCCAGGGCCAAGAAGUAAGCAGAAGAAUAAGAAGAACAACAUAGACUUGAUAGAUGGGAUGAAGACUUCACAGUCCCAGACAUUGGUACCCAAAGAGAAGGCCAAGAAGAAGAAGAAAGAAAGUCUGGCCAAGGGGAAGGCCUUCUCGGCCGAUUGUAUCAACGAACUCGACCCCGAAUACCUAACUGAAGCCUUAAUGGCUAUUGGCGACAAUCAACCAGUUGUGGCACGGUGAGCGUUACAUACAAAAUGUAGUGACAGUUUAGCAAAACAUCUUAAACUGAGUAUCUAAUAAUUCAUAAAAAAUAGAUUUUCAUUAAUACAUAUUUCAGAUCCACCCCCAAACAUGCUGUGAUACGAAACUCGGAGAAGAAAGCCGAACACCGCCAAAGGAAAGAUUGUUUAUUCCAGCCAGAAGUGUACGAGAAGAUGCUGUCAGACUCGCUGGCAGUAUGUGACCUCCUGACCUCUCAUUUGGACGAGUGUAUAAGUACUGUAAGGUCAAGAAGUCCUGUCCUCGAGAGAAAACUCAUCAAUUCCCCUGUGCCAGGUAACUGCAACUUAUUAUAAGAGUAGAACCAAAUAAUAAAACCGAUUAAUUAACAUGUUAAGAAAAUCCUACGUAUUAACUAAAUUAUAAUACUUUGUAAAAACACUUAAUACUUUUAAUCUUUUCAGGAUUCGACUCCCUCCCCCAUCCCGGCUCACCACUGCCAGCACAUUCCGGUCCCUACCUUCUACAGACAAAACCUCCCAAAGACAGGAUACCUCCCAUACGAUGA